CAUCCCGUCAUUGAGGCUUUGAGACCUCGACCGCCGUGACCACCAUCCAGAUAAACAACAACACCUCGCCGAAUCGCUCACCGCCUUUCAUUACGCGUUCGCUUGCUGAUUACCACCUCUGUGAACACUCGCCAUCGCCCUCGCAUCAAUCCGAAGCACGACGAUAAGGAUACACCUUUCGCGCCAGGCGUCCCGUCCCACAUCAUGUCUUCACGCAAGAAGGUCCUUCUGAAGGUUAUUAUCCUCGGCGAUAGUGGUGUCGGCAAGACCAGUUUGAUGAACCAAUACGUCAACAAGAAGUUCAGUGCCAGUUACAAGGCAACCAUCGGCGCAGACUUCCUUACCAAAGAGGUCCUGGUCGAUGACCGACUGGUCACCAUGCAGCUCUGGGAUACUGCUGGUCAAGAGAGAUUCCAAUCGCUUGGUGUUGCUUUCUAUCGUGGCGCCGACUGCUGCGUACUUGUCUACGAUGUCAACAACUCCAAGAGUUUCGACACCCUUGACAGCUGGAGAGACGAGUUCCUGAUCCAGGCCAGUCCCAUGGACCCCGAGAGCUUCCCUUUCGUUGUGCUCGGCAACAAGGUUGAUGUUGAGGAGAGCAAGCGUAUGGUUUCAUCGAAACGCGCCAUGGCAUUCUGCCAGUCCAAGGGUGGCAUCCCGUACUUUGAAACCAGUGCCAAAGAAGCCAUCAACGUCGAGCAAGCCUUCGAAGUUAUUGCUCGUAACGCGUUGGCCCAAGAAGAGAGCGGCGACUUCAACGCAGACUACCCCGAAACCAUCCCUAUCAACCUCGACAACGAGCGCGAUGGCUGCGCUUGCUGAACGCUCUUAACAAUUGUUAAUUUCUCGUUUCUUUUCACGCCAUUCGUUUUUCUUGGGAUGUAUUGGGAGUUUCUAUUUGCAUAUGAAAGGGACCUAACACUCUAUGGUCAGGAGGGCUUCGUCUCGGUCCCUUUGCACUGACUGCUUUAUCCGUCAGUGCCUGCGGUGUCGAUACAGCACAGAUACCUAUAAUACAUGACUAAGUUUCUUGUACAAUUGUUACCUAAAAAGCACGAAGCGAUAGUCCUGGUUGGAUUUCGUGAUCAGUCUGCCAGGUGCGGGAGCACUCUUUCUCAUAUUAGCUCAUGAUGAGUGGUAUGCGAGAUUGAUGUUCCCCUUUGACGCAGUCUCAGCAACAAACAUCUUCACUCUAUCUCAGACCACAGUCCUAGCACAUUGUCCUGGGGGGGAACUCACAUCCAAUCUUCUAGCUCUCGAAAUUAUUACCCCUCUUACGCACGAAUGCCACCAAGGAUGUCUCACCCG